UGUGUUUGUGUGUGUGUGUGGAUUGCUGGACUGUCCUGGAUCAUCCAACAUUGCAUUACAGUGUAUUACAGAGUACUUGAUGUCCUUGUAGUGUUUUUAUUUAUUUAUUUGACGGGUAGUGUUAACGUGACCGCGCCGUAAAGGUUCAUGACGGAAGAGGAGCUGCUCAUGUUCAGGCGUGUCGGUAUGCCCACGCUUUAACUUUACACCAGCAUUAGUUUGUUGCUUUCCCUUUUUAUAUAAUGCAGUUUCUUCGUGUCAGCCACUGUCGGUUUCGAUAGCUGACCCAGAGCAUGUUGAAGUAAGCCGCGGGGCUUCCCACACUCAGCCAUGGAGGCACCCGAAGUACAGCCGGAGAGCAGACCCGCGGAGGGCUGCUUUGACAGGACGUCCUCGGCUCUAACUGUGGACAACGUGUACGAAAUAGCCAAACUUAUCGGCACCGAGGUGGAGAAACUUAUCGACGGCUGUGGCAAAGACAGCGUCGUCGGCUUGGUGCCGAAGAUAGUGAAAGUGCUGGAGCUGCUGGAGAGCUUCGCUUCGAGGAACCACGCUCACAAGCUGAAGGAAGAGGAGCUGCUCAGGACCUUCGAGACCAUUCAGCUGCAGCAGCAGAAGAAACGUGCGGCGGCGGGGAAGGAAGGCGAGGAGGGCGGCGAUAAAAAUGAAAUACGGCAGGAGCUGCAGCAGAAGGAGCAACAGUGGAAAAGGAGGUGCGAGGAGCUGCAGGUUCAGGUACAGCAGCUGCAGGAGGACAGGGAGGAGCUGCAGAGCCGGCUGAAGGGAAAUCAUGCACAGGAAGACCGUGUCCAGCGGCAGGAGCGAGAGGUGAUGCUGAAGCUGAAGGGGGUGGUGGACAAGCAGAGAGAUGAGUUGAGAGCUAAAGUCCAGGAGAUAAGCACCAUCUCCAAAGAGGUGGAGGCGCUCCAGGAGCAGUUGGAUCGCUUCAUGAAGAUGAAUGCGGAGCUGCGACACAAGCAGAACGUGCUGCAGGCCCAGCUGAAGAGCACCGUGGAGAGGAAGGCUGACAUGGAGGCCGACCUGAAGGAGAAAAGCAAAGAGAUAGAAAAUCUACAAGCACAGCUGGACAGAACCAACAGCAACAGCCCUUCCAAUCCAAGUCAAAAAGCUUCUGAGUCGAAGAAAAAGUCGGCUGCCGACCAGAAGGAUCCCGAUCAGCCGUGCUUCACCAAGAAGGAGGUGCGAGACAUCAUUUUCGAGAGGAACGAGCUCAAAACCAACCUGUUCCUGGUGCAGGAGGAGCUCAACUACUAUCAGAGGGAGAUCCUGAAUGAGGAGAGGUGCCCGGGUUUCCUGUUAGAAGCCGUGCGCUCCGCCAUCAAUAAAAGGAGAAAGCUCAUUAAGGCAAAGAUGCUCGGGAUUCCUGUGAGCGAGUGCAGCAGCAGUGACGAGGAGGACAGGACUUCUCUGUUUGGGCAGACAGAAGUAGAUAGUACAGAAGUUGACGGUGCUGACAAACCAGCUGAGUCACGUAUUCGAAACCUCUUUGGCUUCCUGACGUGGUCGGGCAGCGGCCGGAGCCCCACCCACAUGAGCAGCUCCGCCUCCACCUGGGAGAUCAUCGGAGACUCUGAGGGCACAGAUGAGACGGAUCAGCGACCAUUGUCCUGAGCCCGGUACUGACCACAGAGAUUCCUCCAAAUUUGUCUCCAUUUGAUCUGAAACCCCUUCGUCACUGGCUGUGACUCAAGACAAAGAUUUUGAGGACAUUUGAACGCAGAGCCGGUGUGUCAAUAGAAAAGCACUAUGUGAGUGUGAGGCACGAGAAAGUGUGAUUGUUUUAAACAAACAAACUCUAAAGCUUUGUGUUUUGCUUUAUUUAGCUUUUAUUUCCCCUUUUAUAGCAACAUUAUAUAAGAUUUGGCAUAUUGUUGUGAUUUGACACCCCCCAAUUUCAGAUUACAACUGACUUAUUCAACACUGUCAUAACCUUACAUUAUUAUGAUCAAAAACUAGCAAGGUGCUGGUGUGUGGAAGCAUUAUGCCCUCCUCACAUAGUGCCAGUACAGGUUACGGGGUGUACAGUCGGAGUGACAGAGGCACCAUUCACCUGAUUAUAAGUCAGCUUUAAUCUCAAUCUUGCUCCAAAAUAUUAUUAAUUAUUCCUCCAUAGAAGUGAUAAAUUAAUACACAUUUAGUACUAGAGUAUAUAUGGUACAGUGUACCACAGUAUUAAGAGGGAUACUUCUAACUGGAUGAUUUAAGUAUUAAUACAACUCAAAUUUUAUUCUUUAUCAUAAGGAAAGUUUUGUUGUUGUUAGUAAAAAAAUAAAAAUGUGUUAUUAUGCAUACAUAUAUAUAGAUCCUCAAACUUCUUUAAAAAAAACCCAAAGACAUUACAAUGAUAUACUGUAUAUUGUACUAAUAUGGAGGAUUUUAAGUUCACCUUUGUUCCACAAGAGGGCGUUGGAUCAUUUAAUAAUUAAUCAUCUAAAUUUAACCACAAAUGUAUCAUCAUGUAUCAAAGUUUUACCCCAACAGGAGAAUCUAUAAGCCAUGUGUUUAUAUGUAUUUUCAAUGAUUUGAAGCACUUUUAUGGUCAAGAGUUGUAUUUAUAUUACCAGUCUCUUCCAGAGGUGAGUGCAUUUUAACUCCUUAAGCCUUACUUGUAUUGUUAAAAAUAUAUUUUCUUAUUUUUCCCUGCACAGAGCCAAACAAAGCUUUUGGCUGUUGUUUAUGUGAUGUUGGUGCCAUAAAUGUGCAUGUGUAAACACGUGUUCUGCAGGUUGGUUGCUUUACUUUAAAAGGAAGCUUUGAGCCAUUCUGUGGAAAUAAUAAAAAGUGUGAUUUUUAUUUUUAGUUCCCAGCACCAUUAGCUGACGAGUUACUAUAAAGUCACCAGUCUGACCAGUGUCUGAAUGUCUGACCAUCGCACUGCUCAGACAAUGACCGACCAAUGAUGUUGUAUUUGUUGAGAGACAAUGUGUGACCUUGCAAUCAGUUCAUGUUUUCCUCAGAUAGUGUGUUUGCAAUUUAUUUUUGUAAGCAUGAUCAUAAUGGAAAGAUUUUGCUGCCGUAAACAGAUCUAAGAUGUCACUUGUCAUUUUAUUGAUGAAAUGUGAUAAAAACUAUUCAAAAUGUGGAUUUUCUGUAAUAUUGAGAUUUCAAGCCUCAAUAAAAUCCAUUGAACACUGAA